AUGACCACCCCGCUUCGCCCUCACGCCCGCCACUCUGUCCCUACCGCUCGUGCCUCGUCUCAUGUGCCCUCGACGUCCCCCGCUGCCGGUGCGACCGAGUCUUCGGCACGUGCCGUCGUGCCCGCGGCCGAGCCAGUGACCAGGACGUCAAACGGCGGCGGGGAGCAACAUCCCAGCCUCGGAAACACUUCCAAUGCUUCUCCCCGCACCCCUCGCACGACAUCCAGCCCUCGCUCCUUUGCUCAAGUUGCUGCGGCAAUUCCUGCCGCCGCCACUGCCACAUCUUCGGCCCCUGUGACCGAGGAUUUGUCAGCAUCGGUGCCCUCUGAGCCAAAUGGCAGCGGGGAGCAGCAACCCUCGCCCGAGUCCACAGGGCAGACACAUCAUUCGAUUCCUAACACACCAUCGGAUUUCUUGACCAUGUCUUCGGAUGAAAGCGACUCCCCUCCUCGCUCCACCGCACUCCGCGCGCCCACCCCUAUUGCCCCUCCCGCGCAUGAUGGUGACGGUGACACAAACGGCAGUGCCACGCCAGAGCCAUUGGUGCAAUCACCUACACCCGCUCAAAUGGUGCUGCCAGAUCCAUCGGGUACACAACAAACCCAUUCCGAUCCCUCUCCGCCCGCUGCUUCACCCCCUGCCACUGCCAUUUUGCCCGCUGCCAUUUCACAUCCUGUCGAACACAGUGAGCAUACAAACUCAGCCCCACUUGGCGAAGUCAGUGAGAGUGAAACACACAAUACAGCGGGCGAACACAGUGAGAGUGAGCAAGAUGUCCUUCUCAGCGAUCCUGCUCCGCCCAUCGCUGCCAACGUGCUGGAUGCCCAGCGCAAAGUCCUGCUGAAGACAUCUGGCCACAGGCAACUCCUCGCCUGCCCAUUUGGGCUUUGCAAAUGCAAGGGGCCCCGCCUUGACCGCAAAGCCUGGGUCAAUCAUGUUCUACGCGAGCACCCCUACGACGAGCAAGCCACUGAUCUGGUCAAGCAGGUGAUGGAGGCCAAAUUGGUCGCCCAGUGCAACAAGUGUCACCUCUUCUUCGAAGCUGCUGGUAUCAGUCAACACCGCUCCCGAUGUGGUGCCAAUCUGAAGCGAGCGACCGAGGCGUUGUUUCAUGCGGCUGGACACGACCUGCUUGAGAUUAUGCGUGGCGCUUGGCCCCAACAGUGUGUAGGGUCUCGCGUCAGUGUCUGUGAGCUGCUCAAGCUCGCCCGGCAUCCACUGAUGCAGCGCAGCCGCUACCCAUCCAACGCCACCGAGACCAAGCUGAUGGCUGCCACCCUGAGCCAGCUGUAUUGGUCUGCCGUCCACUCGGACUAUACCGCUGAAGAGCGAGAGAUGUGCUGGGCUUUGAUUUUGGCCUUGCCUAGCAUGUUGUUGUCUGCUCCCUCGACCGCACUGUCUACGAUUGACCUGCGCAAUAUGUUUCACGAUCGUCUCCGUUGGCUUGUGACGGGGCAACUAGGUCGGGUCGUGGACGCCAUGCGCAAGGCAGUCGCACGCAAGCAGAGCCGUCGAGGACAGCUGAACGCCGGCGCGGGCGCCCACCCGAACGACGCAGUCGACCAGAGCCUCAGGUCGCUCGUUGCCUUGAACAAGAUCUUUCACCACAUUGCCAACAACACCGUGCCCGAGUCGAUUCGACAUGCCCUUUGCUCCAUCAACUACACUAUCCUGGAGAAGGCCAAUGGCAAGUUUCGACCCGUGGGCACGGAUUCCAUCUUCAACAAGGUUGUCAACCGCGCUCUGCUCGAGCAACAGCAGCCCCAUAUUGCCCACUUGCUACAGGCCAGUCCAGAGCUGGCCGUCGGAGUCAAGGACGGCAUUUCAGCAGCGGUUGGCAUGGCCUUUGGUGAGCUUCAAGCCUGUGAGUCUACCCCGGGCUGGACCAUGCUCUCCCUCGAUUUCAAGAGUGCCUUCAACUACACCGACCGAGCACGGCUACACGAGAUUGUGGCCGACAAGGUUCCUGGCCUCUUGCGCGCCUUUGAACGACACUAUGCUCGACCCACUACCCACUGCAUUGUCGACAAGUUCUUCAAGGUGAUUGACAUUGAUGUUGGCCAAGGCAUUGUGCAGGGCAACGAGCUAUCGCCCUUCUUCUUUGCCCUGUACUCCUGUGAGGUCCUCGGCCUCCUCGACGCCACCACUGACUACCGCUGCAAGAUCAUCAAAUACCUCGACGACAUUGUACUGAUGGGUCCCGCGGAGGACGUGGCGGCCGACGUCGAGAUUGUUAAGGCUCGUGCAGAGUCUGCUGGCCUUCAUCUGCAGCCCAGUAAGAGCCGCUUCUACAUGCCUCGCCACCAUCCCGCUUCCAUCACUGCUAUCAAGUCUGUCUUACCAGAUGCUGUGCGCGAGACGGCCAACACGGGCAUGACGGUCUUGGGAACGCCGAUUGGCCGUCGCGAGUGGAUGAAGAAGCAGCUCAACGACAAGGCGAAGCACAUUGCUGGCAAGCUCAAUGAAAUGCUGACGACCGGUGUCUCGCUUCAGGCCCUCCUCACGGCCAUGCAGUACGUGCCUAGCCUCAUCAACCACCUCUACACGCUGCCCCCAAGUCUCACGUCGGGCUUGUCCGAGCUCUUGAACCGUGCUUGCAAGGACACCUUUGUCAAAGCCUUUUUUGCCAAGGUAAACCUGUCUGCACCAGCUGGAGCUGAAGGUCAUGACGUUACGCUGGAACAGCUCCUUGAGGCUCGCCUCUUCACGCGGGCCAACACCGGGGGCUUUGGCCUGCACGACUUGGUUGAGCGCGGUCCGGUGGCUUAUGUCUGCAACAUGGCCAAGCUGGCCACUCGCUACCCUCGGGUCUACGAUCGACUUUUGGAGGAUGCAUCGAGGGCUGCCGACUUUGAGGCCCACGUGCAGCGGGCCGGCUUCCAGAUGGCCACGGUCAAGGACGCGGCGACCCAGCGACCAGCGGAGAUCAUUGCCCUCCGCUCCAAGGCGGCACUGGACGACCUGAUGGCCAAGUGUGCGCUGGACCUGCAGCAGGCAUAUCUGGCCUCACGUGAGUGGGGCGUCAGCACUGUCUUGACCAUGCGGGGUCGGGACAAGUUGCGUCGCUUGAGCGACACGACCUUUGCCAUUGCAGUCGUGUCCAUGAUGGGUUUUGGCCUCCAUGAACUCAUCAACGUCAAGCCGACGGACAAGUGCCCGCUCUGCAGCAGCAAGACACCUCAGCCGCGACUGACCCGCGAGCACCUGCUGACCUGCCGUCCCAUCAAGCGUCGAGUCGCGCACGAUCCGACCAGCCCUCACGAGCCCAGGUCCGAGCAGACCCGUUUCGAUCGACAGGAGGGCGCGUCGGAUUUGGUCCGUGAAGAUCGGUCUCGACCGAACCGGCCCGCGCAGUCGGCUCGCUAG